AUGUCUCUUGCUAGGGGAUGGGAAGGCAUGUUGGAUCUUUUCAAGAUCAUUUACUUAACGGUUAAGGGAUUCAUCUUGUCUGACUUGUAUAGAUUUUCUAGUUUUGCUGCAUUUAUUGCCUUCUUUUGUUAUUGCACGAUUUUUCCAAGUAUAUCAGAUAUUUGCUGGGGAUUAAGGGAAAAAGACUCAAUGGUAAACCCAAAAGUGUCUAGUCAACCAAAAAUAUGCUAUAGACCUAUUCGACCUUCUGACCUUGACAUUUUAGAGCAUAUCCAUGGCAGAUUAUUUCCCAUCAGGUACGAAUCUACUUUUUUCCAUGACGUGGUAAAUGGACGUGACAUUGUGUCGUGGGGAGCUGUUGACAGCAGUCGAUCCGAUGGUCGAAGUGAUGAACUCAUUGGUUUUGUAACAGCACGGAUUGUUCUUGCAAAAGAAAGCGAGAUAGUGGAUAUGCUUGGAUAUGACUCGGCUAAAUGUGACCAAACUUUAGUCUAUGUUCUGACGCUUGGAGUAGUGGAAGCAUAUAGAAGUCUUGGAAUAGCUUCUUCUCUGAUUCGGGAGGUCAUUAAAUAUGCUUCAAGUAUUCCAACUUGCCGAGCUGUCUACUUGCAUGUAAUUUCUUACAAUAACCCUGCAAUAAAUUUGUACCAGAAAAUGUCUUUCAAAUGUGUGAGAAGGUUGCAGGGAUUUUAUUUGAUCAAUGGCCAACAUUAUGAUUCGUUCUUAUUCUUGUACUAUGUAAAUGGGGGUCGGUCUCCUUGCUCACCAUUAGAGAUUCUCACUGCAAUAGUAAGCUUCAUGAAGAAUGGCUUUAAGUCAGUGGCUGCAAGGCUGUGCAAGAACGGAGGCAGGAAGAUAUCAAGACGGGCAAAGUGUAAAGAAAGUCAUUCUCUUGUGUCAGCAACACCCAACAAAAGAAACGUGGCACUGGAGUGUUCUGGUUAUGAGUGUGUUUAA